UCGAGUUGCGUGGCGGAGCAGCCGUGAUUAGAUCGGGAGGCAGUAGGGGGGGGAUUUGUGCGCGUGUUUUGAGGAGGGGGCGCAGUUAACGGUCAGCUGGAGCAGGGAGUUUGAAAAGGGCCUGCGUGUUGGCACGGGGUGUUUGGGGAUCUUACGAGCGCGCUUUCUAAAUAGAUUCCUCGCGCUACAAAGGGGCUUUCUGCCUUCUUACCCCCUCCCCCUCCCAAGUGGAGCUCAGUAGGAGAGGGCGAGGGUCUCAGUAGCUGGGGUGGGGUACUGGAUGCGGGCCCGGAGCUGCUGAAGCGCGGCAGGGUAAAGGGAGUGUGUGGGAAGAAGCCGUGAAGGAGCUGGCUUCUUUCCAUACCAAGAGCGGGGUGGAGCCUGCGCCGCUUGCAGCUCUCCAGCUUGGAACAGGUGUCUCCUUGCGCUGAGGAGGCGCCUGAGAGGAAGCUUGUCGGCGUUUGUUGCGAUUCAUUGGUGCCAGCCGGAGUUGAGGAGGUGAGCAGAGAGUUGCUGACCGGCUCAGGAUGGAGCCUCUGCUGUCUCUAGGGAUUGGGCUCCUGCUACUCCUGCUGUGGGCCAAGUACAAGGGGAUAGAGUACGUGCUGGUCCAUCACCGCUGGAUUUUUGUGUGCCUCUUCCUGUUGCCCCUUUCUGUCCUUUUUGACAUCUACUAUCAGUUCCGCUCUUGGAUUGUACAGAAGCUUCACAGUGCUCCUUUGCAGCAUAGUCAGCGAGUUCGCUACAUCCAGUCACAGGUGCGAGAAUGGAAAAAAGAAGGCCAAAAAACAUAUAUGUGCACUGGCCGUCCUGGCUGGCUUACAGUAUCUCUUCGGGUUGGAAAGUACAAGAAGACUCAUAAGAACAUAACCAUCAAUUUGAUGGAUAUUCUGGAGGUCGAUACUGAAAGACAGGUUGUCCGUGUGGAACCCUUGGUUUCAAUGGGUCAGUUAACAGCACAUCUCAACCACUUGGGCUGGACUAUUCCAGUGGUACCAGAGCUUGAUGAUCUUACAGUAGGUGGCUUGAUCAUGGGAACUGGUAUUGAGACAUCUUCACACAUAUACGGACUUUUUCAGCACACUUGCAAGGCCUAUGAAAUUGUGCUUGCUGAUGGAAGCCUUAUGAGAUGUACACCAGAGGAGAACUCAGACCUAUUUUAUGCAGUGCCUUGGUCUUGUGGUACCCUGGGUUUCCUGGUUGCAGCUGAAAUAAAGAUAGUCCCAGUUAAAAAAUAUGUAAGAUUGCAUUAUGAACCUGUGAGAGGACUGAAGGCAAUAUGCAAAAGAUUUACUGAAGAAUCUGAAAAGAAGGAAAACCAUUUUGUGGAGGGGUUGGUAUACUCUUUGGAAGAGGCUGUCAUAAUGUCAGGAAUUCUGACUGAUGAAGCUGAUCAGAGCAAGGUUAAUAGCAUUGGAAACUACUAUAAGCCAUGGUUCUAUAAACAUGCAGAGAAGUAUCUGAAGGCUAACAAGACAGGAAUAGAGUAUAUUCCAACAAGACAUUACUAUCAUAGACAUACACGGAGCAUUUUCUGGGAACUCCAGGACAUAAUUCCUUUUGGAAAUAAUCCUGUAUUUCGCUACUUAUUUGGCUGGAUGGUACCUCCUAAAAUCUCAUUGUUAAAGCUGACUCAAGGAGAAGCAAUUAGAAAGCUCUAUGAGCAGCAUCAUGUGGUACAAGACAUGAUGAUCCCCAUUAAAACUCUUGAAACGUGUAUUGAAACCUACCACAGUGACAUCAGAGUUUAUCCCCUGUGGCUGUGUCCCUUCAUAUUGCCUAAUAGCCCUGGUAUGGUUCAUCCAAAAGGAGAUGAAACUGAACUAUAUGUAAAUGUUGGGUCCUAUGGAGCGCCUCAAACAAAACACUUUGAUGCCAUGGCUUCCACCAGACAAAUGGAGAAGUUUGUAAGGAGUGUACAUGGUUUCCAGAUGUUAUAUGCAGAUUGCUAUAUGACUCGUGAAGAAUUCUGGGAAAUGUUUGACGGCUCCCUAUAUCAUAAACUGAGGAAAGAACUUCAAUGCAGUGAUGCUUUUCCGGAGGUGUAUGAUAAAAUCUCCAAAGCUGCAAGGCACUAAAUCUCUAACCUCAAGCAGGGAAAUCAGUUUUCACAAUAACUAACUGCUCUUCCCUUACAAAACAUUUGUUGCUGUCCCAAAGACUUACAUUUUUGAUUUGAAAGUGCAUAUUCCUGCCUUUAAGGAGAUAUUACCAAUUGUUUAUCAUACAGUGUCCAUAUUUUUUUAAUAAUGUUAAGAAAUCUCAGUUGUAAGUCAUAGCUGCAAAACUAUCUGUACUUGCAAUUGGCUAUAUCUUAUAGGAGGCGAGUGGAAAAGCAAAUCCUUAAGUAAGAUGGUAAUGUAGAAUUGUAGUAUCAUUUCUGAUAACUAGAAAAUGCCAGUGGCCUUUUAUGGGAGCUUUGGCAUCUAGAGGCCUUUUUCUAUCUGAGGGUAGUGCCAAACUGAGAUUGCCUUUCAAAGGGUUGCUUGAUUGAAGUAGCUUGUUCUGGCCAAGAUUUCUGCUCAAAUACUCAAAAGCAAGCAAGUAUUUACAAUUAAUAAGGCUUUCUGCAUGAACACCUUGGAAGCUGUGGCAUGGAGGUAGUUUGAGCCAGUGUGAGGUUGUUCUAACUUCACUUGUUAUUCCCAUCAAGGUGUCCAUGUGGUCAGAAAAAAUGUAGCUUGCAUAUAUUGAGAAGGGAGGAAACUAAUACACUUCUCUCCCCUUUUUAUAUUAAACCACUGCUUUUAAAGUAUUUUUGCUUAGGUACAUGUAGGAUGUCUGCUGCUUCUUUUGGAACAAACUGCUGUAUUUGAGGUUUAAAUUUUGUCCUAUGCUGCUUUUUAGAUGUGUUCUGUUACAAGAUAUGAAAAAUUCUUGGAUGAUUCAUACCUUGAGUUGCAAAGCCAGAUUACCAGGUUUCUAAUGUGCUUGUUGGAAGAACAGGACUCGCCUCACUUUUAACAGUACAAAGAGGAUUGCCAUUUAAUUUGUAACUGAACAGCAAAAAGUAGUUUUUGUUUCUGUAACUCCUUUUUGCAUUUUUUAUAUAUGUUGUGUGAAGAAAAUGUGGUGGUGUUGAAGUUGUGUAGUAGCUGAUAUACAGUAACUAUGGUUUGGUAGGUGCUAUCUGUUGCCUGCCUUUACUACUGACAAAUUUUGCUAAUAUCACUCAGGGUGGUUCCAUGUUAUGCAACCUUUUUGCACUGCUGAAGAAUGCCUCUUCAACAGCAAACAGAAUAGAAAUGAUGGUGGUGCAUAGCAUUAUGUUCCCCAUUGCGACAGGACAUAUAGUAAGAUUGCUACUUUGAAAUACAUCCCUUUUACCAAAGGUCCCACUUUUCCCUGCUUUUUUCCUUUUGGUUCCUUGGUUUCCAGCCUGCUUAACUGCUUACUGUUCUUUUCCAGCUGGCCAGCUCUGUGGUGCAUGGGCAUUAAUGUGUAGGUGGCUAACUGUUGGGGGUGGGGACUGAGUACUGCUUUUUGCUUUGUAGCGAGCCAGAAUCCAUGCUCAUCCCUCUUAAAUUAUCAUUUCACUCAUCAUAGCAUGAUCAUGAAAUAAACAAGUAUACGUUUAAAAAAAACAGAACAGUGGCUUUUGUUUCCUAAAAAGUGUGAAACAGGAAAUAAGCCUUUCUCCCUUGGGGAAGAAUAGAUAAUUUACAAUUGAUUCAGAAAUGUUGUGAGAUUCUUCCCCUUUGGAGAUAAUUGGAAAUAAUUAAGCUGGGAUGAGACAAAUGGUGAAAUGUUAAGGAAACAACAGCCCUGGGAAGUCUCAACAGCACGUUGACUGUUCAGACAGCUUGGUGUGGCAGUUGAGCUUAAUUUUUUGUUUUGUUUUGUUGGUAAUUUCAAAUCAGAUCUUUAAAAAAAAGAGACCCUCCCCUCCCCACAGAAGAUGCUGGAAUUGCAGCAGGUUAAUUACAAUGGCAUCUGGAUAGUACAUAAAAGGUGGGUGGAUUGUGAUAAUUCUAAUAGCACAUUAUUUGCAGUGCAUCUCUCCAGGUUCUUUAGAGCCUUAUCAGCUGGAGGAAGCCUGGCCAUCUUAUGUCAAUUUAUUUUUCAUUCAGAAAUGUAAGGGGGGUGUAGUGAGAAUCUCCAGAUCACUAACUCGCCAAAUGUGUGUUCCAGAGCCAGAUAAAAGGAAAUUGAGGUUAUGUAUUUUAAAGACCCAGAAUCCGAACCUGGAGGCAGGUAUAACAAAAGGGGAAGGAAUAGCAUAAUUUUUCUUCAUUCUAUUCCUGCUUCAAAUUGUGAGCUUAUUUCCAGUCAGUGCUUCAGUACUAAUACCAUAGUAGUAAGUCCAGUUUUGCUGGAUGAGGUCCUGAACUUUCCCAUAAAGAAAAUUAACUGGCCCUUUAAAUCAUUAAUCAGCUUCACAGGCUUUUGUUGUCCCCCCCCCCCUUAAUUAUACCACAAGUUUAACCAAAGUCUGACCCAAAGACUAGUUAGGUAUAAUUUUUAAAAAUGGUUUGCAAUAUUUAUUUGAACUUACAGAAAAAUGUUGAUUUGAGAUAUGUUGGCAACUCUCCAUGAUGUUUUAUUAUAUCCACCUAGUGAUUUUAUUAGAGUUGAGGAGAAACUGUAAGGGAGAAAUUUAAUCAUUUAAUUAUGUGCAAGUGUGCAGGCUGUGAGCAAUCUUACAACUAUUCCAUAAAGGUAAAGGUUCUGCUUAAAUUUCUGUAGUGAUUUCUCCAGACUCUUGAGAAUCUUUUUUUUUAAUGCUUGUGAGGUAUGGGAAAUUACUGAAGCAGCAAAAAGCCAACAUGGCUAUGCCAGUGGGUGUACUCUGAAUCCAGAAACAGGGAUUAAUUGAUUGAUUUUACUUAAAGUCCAUUCUCCCUGUGAACAGUCUCAGACUAGAUAACGUCGAUAUUAAAAUUUACAUUAAAACCAUAAAUAAGCAUACAAUUCUGUCAUAAAAACACUCUAGACGGGGGGCCAUAUUACCCAGCCCCAAUAAAUGAGAUUUAAAGUGUACCAAGGCUUGCUGUUCAUCUGCCUGAAAAACUUGGCGUGAAGAAUUUUUUUGAGUCUGCUCCGUACUAUGUAUUUACUUUUGGCUAUACACUGUAUUUUUCUCAGCGCAGGUUGUUUUUGUAAAGUGGUUUUUGUACCUUAUUGCUACAACCUUAACAGAAGCCCUGCUAGCUCUGAUAUCUAAUGUAGUAUGAGUAUAAUGUCGCUGCUGGUAUUAUCACUGUCAGCAUUGAUACUUUUAGACAGAAAGUGUACGAUUACAAUAAAAAUACUAUUUUGGUG